AUGAGCAUGGACGGCCGUCAGGUGGUGGUGACCACCCCUCCCCCGCCUGGCGGAGGGACUAAGGAGCGCUAUUUCGACCGGGUCAACGUCAACGACCCGGAGUACCUCAGGACCAGGAACAUGUCGCCCGAUCUCCGGCAGGACUUCAACGUCCUGGAGCAGAAGAAACGUGUCACGCAGAUCCUUCAGAGUCCCGCCUUCAAGGACGAGUUGGAGGGCCUGAUCCAAGAGCAGCUGAAGAAGGGGAACAACCCCACGGGCCUGCUGGCUCUCCGACAGAUCGCUGACUUCUUCAUGGCCAGCUCCGUGGCCGGCUUCAACACCUCCCCCCUCAGUCUGGGGAUGGUCAAUCCCAUCAACGACAUGUACGGGGUGGAAUCCACGACUUUGGUGAAAGGCGAGAAGCUGAUCCGUUGCAAACUGGCCAGCCUCUACAGACUGGUGGACCUGUUCAGCUGGGCCCACUUCGCCAACUCCUACAUCUCGGGCCGCGUCAGUAAAGAGCAAGACCACAUCCUCAUCAUCCCCAGAGGGCUGUCGUUCGCCGAGGCGUCCGCAUCAAACCUGGUGAAGGUCAACAUCCUCGGGGACGUGAUCGACCAGGGCUCCACAAACCUGAGGAUUGACGCCGUGGGCUUCAGCCCCCACUCGGCCAUCUACUCCAUGCGCCCCGACAUCCGCUGCGUCAUCCACGUGCACACGCCUGCCACGGCUGCCGUGUCGUCUAUGAAGUGCGGCAUCCUGCCCAUUUCCCAGGAGGCGCUGAUCCUGGGUGACAUCGCCUACUUCAACUACCAGGGCAGCCUGGAGGACCAGGAGGAGCGCCGCGAGCUGCAGAAGGCUCUGGGACCUUCAGCCAAGGUGCUGGUGCUGAGGAAUCACGGUGUGGUGGCUCUCGGGGAGACCAUCGAAGAGGCCUUUCACUACAUCUACAACGCCCAGUAUGCCUGCGAAAUCCAGGUGAAUGCCAUCUCAUGUGCCGGCGGCGUCGACAACCUGAUAGUGCUGGAUCAGGAGAAGUACAAGUCGCGGGUGUUUGCCGUGGCCAACAACGCAGCCGUCAACAUGGCCGGCCAGUACAAGUGGAAGGUCGGCGAGAUGGAGUUUGAGUCUCUGAUGAGGAUGCUGGAUAACCUGGGCUACAGGACAGGCUAUGCCUACCGGCACCCCAUCAUUCGGGACAAGCCGAGGCACAAGAGCGACGUGGAGAUCCCGGCCACCGUCACAGCAUUCAUGUUCGAGGAGGACGGGGACAGCGCCACGCGACUGCCCUUCAAGUUCCUGCAGCAGCGGCAGCAGAGGGAGAAGACGCGCUGGCUCAACUCCCCCAACAGCUACACCAAGGUCAGCGUGGAGGCCGGAGACGAGCGCCACCAGAGCCGGGCAACCACGUGGAUGAGAGGGGAGGAGACAGGAACCCCGAUCCGGAUCGAGGACCCCAAUCAGUUCGUCCCCCUCAACACAGACCCUACCGAGGUGCUGCAGAAGAGAAACAAAAUCAGAGAGCAGAACAGGUUUGACAUGAUGUCUUCAGGACCGCGCUCUCAGCACCUCGCCGGCAUCCCUGUAGACGAACCACGACGGCCAUACGUGCCCACAGAGGAGGAGCAGAUGGCUCCCCUGCCUCCCAACCCCUUCAGUGAGCUGUCAGAGAAAGACCUGGAGGAGUACCGCAAAAACGUGGAGAGGAGGCAACUGGGCCUCAGCGAUGGCGAGCACGAGCUAACCUCCGACGACGGCUCCACUCUCUCUCAGUCUCUGUCCCUCACCCAGUCCCCGCAAAGCACUCCAGCUAAAGAAGAGAACCACACGGGCCUGAUGAACGGCAAGGACGACCACGGCGACGCGGACGAGGAGCUGUCCAAGCGCGUCAGCCAGCUGACCACCAGCGUGGAGAGCGUGGAGAUCACGGUGCGCCCCGGCGAGAAGAUCGAGGAGGCGCUGUCCCCCGAGAGCUCGCCCUCCAAGUCCCCCAACACCAAGAAGAAGAAGAAGUUCCGCACCCCGUCCUUCCUCAAGAAGAACAAAAAGAAAGAGAAGGCGGAGGCCUGAGGCGCAAAAAACAGGCAGCCGGGGCGAGGCAGGCAGGAAGAGCGUCAGCUGAGGAGGAGAAAGAAGGGGCGUCAGCCGCCUGUUUUGUUUAACGUCUGUGUUUUUAUUUUGUCUUUGUUUUCAAUGUCGUUCGAUGUCUUUUGUUUUUAAUUUUAUCUGAUUUUUUUUUUUUUUUUUUUAACAAAUGGUUCUUUUAUGUACAAAAUGUUAAGCAGAAGAAAGAAAAAGAAUGAAUUGGUUGUGUGACAAAAAAAGAUGUCUCCUGCAAAAAAUACAGGGAAAUUAUGGGGUGGGUGGGCUACCAAACUGAAAGCUGCAGCAAAGGUGGCGUUGACACCUUAUCUCCCAUGUAGCGCUCAACCAGGGCUCCUUGUAAGGUGUCAUGUGAGACCCCAUAGAUCCUAAAUAAUGGCUCAUCCUGUGUUGUGCCCCAGCCUGAUAAUGGAACUUGGAAAGCGCCCGGUGGGUUUCUCGCUUCAAAAUCAUUAGCCACACUUUGGCAGGUCUGGAUACGGCAUCAUCAAGCUGCACAAGUUUCAGCCGUGCAUACAGAAAGCCCUCUUGUCUUUCUAAGUCUCCUUUUGCAUAUUCUUCUCGUCACUUGACUCUUUAUAGGGAACUGAGAGGCCACACAAAAUGGAAGUCACACUGGAAAAAAAACACAACUGGUCUCAGAGUGAAAAGAAAGCAAAAAACAGCCGCGGGGCUUGUGUUGAUUUCUUCACUCUGAGAGAUCUUUCUCUUUUCUCUCUCCUUCGCUCUCUUUCACACUCCUCAAGCUUCUUUGUGCGCAGGCCUUUGAUACCAAGCUAUUCUUCGGCGAGCUGUGGUGGAUCUGCGACACCACAGACGUGUUGAAUGGCAUACUGGGCUGCGCACUCAUCUCAGAACAGCAUAGGAACAGAAAAUGAGCUCUCGCGGUCCAUCUCGGUCGACGUCGGCAUCAUCUGGAAGAGCCGCCGAGCCGCUCGGCACAUUCACAUCGCAUUUCCACAUCUCUGUCUUCUUUUCUUCAUCUCAAUGGGUUAUUUGCCAAACUAAAAGGAAGAACGGAAAAAAAAAAAAAAAACAAUCACGUUUUAGUGAGGCGUCACUGUUUGUGCAAACUUGUGAACACGUUUAGAUCAGGCUACACGAGUCAUCUCAUGAAAUUUCGGUAUUUUUUUUUAAUUGAACGCAUAUUUGGUAUUAGUCGACUGUUUUGUAUUCAUUUCUAUGCUUUUACAGAGAAAUGUUAAGCAUGUUUUUUUUUGCAAGAAUUUAUAUGGCUGACUAUGUUCUUUAGUGAUGCCUGGUUGCUCAAAUGAUAUUCUAGUCUUCAGAUUACUAAAAUUUACUAUAUAACACAGAUAUAUGAAAACUGGAUAUGUUGGCUAUAGAUUUUUAACUAUAUAUUUUUUAUUUUAUUGUGCUGCACUUUUUUUUUCCUUGUAGUAUAUAACACAUUUUAGUUGCAGGUGGUUUCACCACUGAAGGAGAUUGUAGAGUAUCAGAAGGGUUGGGGUGGAGGGUCGGGGGAGGGGAGGGGAGCAAGUAGCAAGCUCGGCGCGGCGUACGGAGAGACGUUCAGGACUCAGAAAGUGAGUUGUAACCGGGAAAGAAAAGUCUUUUCAUUGGUGUCACACAUGGAAAAAAAAAAAUCCCUCUACUUCUCAACAAAAGUCAACAAAGAGACAAAUGCUGCAUAAGGCUGUCCGCAUUGGCCAGCUGAAAUAAGAAUCCUGGGUCUCGGAGUGUGGAGCAGUGAUGUUGUUUUGUGUGUUUGUGUGUGCGUGUGUGUGUAUGUAUGUGUGUUUUAAAGCCAUAAUGUAAUUUUUUUUUUUUAAAAAAACUUCUCCAUUGUUUUAAUCAUGAGACAAGGGUUGCGAUUCUCGUCUGCCUGCUCGGGCAUCAAGGACCCUUUCAAGACCUCUGUUAAAAUCACCCCAGUGACUGCAUUCAACAGCCUCAGGCUCCCAAACAGUCAGCAUCUUUUUUUUUUUUUUGUUGUUUUGUUUUGUUUACAUAAACCCAGUAGCUACAUCCACGAGAAGCUACGCCCGCUAGAUUAAUUUGCCAUUUACGUCCUCCUUGAACUGGAAUCUGCGAAGGAGGCCACGUCACCGUUGAAUCAUUUUGUUUUGGUUACACUCUGGUCGCCUGGUCAUCAUUUCAACCCCAGCCCUAAAGCAUAGUGAUCGUGUUUGGAACCGUCAGAUGACCCACAGUUGAACCCUGCGAAGCCAAAGUGUGACGGGUUGCCACACAUCCUCCCCCCGCAGUUUUACCAGAUGUACCAAUAUCCCAGCUAGCAAUGUGAAAUAUUGGAUUUGGAGGGUGGGAGGGAGGCUCAGGCACAUCUUAAGCUGUGUUAAACAAUAGCUUUUGGCUUUCGGCUACCGGCGAAGAGCUUAGGUCACACAACUGGAAGGUGGUGAGGGGACGUGUGAGUUUGGAAAUGGAAGUGUAUUAUGUGUGUAGUAGAGAGGGGGGGGGCAGGGGGGAAGGAGAAGCUGACACUAACACACCAUGUUUCUUUUUUUUUUUUUUUUUUUUUUAUCGCUCCAACUGUCCUUUGCUUUCAUAGCAUUUCUCCCGGAAAGUUUUCUCUUCUUUAUUUCCCAUCCUCCAUUCGUAUCGCUUUCUUUUUCCCCCUCUUUCUCCUAGUUUGCAGACGGCGCUCCGCUUUUCUUAUUAACCAUUUUACGAGCUCCAAGUGCUCCCAGUUGAAUUGAAUGUGCAUCGCAUUCUUUUUAUUUUGUUUAUUUUCUCUUUUUCCGACCGUUUGCACCUUGUUUUACUAAUGCCUCUCUAUCCACUUUUUUUUUCUUCUGUUUUAAAAAAGACAAACAAACAAAAAAAAAAAGAAUAAAAGAAUGAGUUUUGCUUUGGCAUGCCAGAAUGAGCCAAGCUACUUUGUGACCUGUGAAAAUCCUAUAUAAAUGGUUAUCUAAUGGAGUUGCUUUUAGAUGUAUUGCUAAUCAGUGUAAAUUCACAAAUAAAACUGUAUUUUAAGAAA